GUCCCACCUGCCCCUCAAGCAGGAGGACUCCCGCACCAAUCGCCAGGGGGUCCCGGGACUCAUCCCGCGGCCGUGGCCAGGCCCCCCGAUAUGCCCCACACUCCAGAGGGCAGACUGCGCGCUCUUCCCGGACCCCUGGAAGCGCUGCGAGGAGACCCAGGAGGUCUCGCAAGGCCAGCUGACCAAGCUGUCCGCCUCGCUGACCCGGUUCGGGGUGGAGCUGUACCAGCGGUGGCCAAUGUCAACCCCGACGUUAAUCUCGCUCUGUCUCCCAUCAGCGUGGCGACCGCCUUGACACAUCUCCUCCUCGGCUCCCGGAACGAGACGUGGAAGAACCUGCAGGAUGCCCUCCACUACACCGACCACUUCCCCUGCGUGCACCGGCCGCUCAGCGAGCUCCUGAACAGGUCGAGAAACCUGGUCUCUGCCUCCCAGCUCUUCUACAGGGAAGGUAUUUGCCUGGAACGGGACUUCAACGACCGGUCGAUCCGGUUUUACGGACAGGAGCCAAAAGCUCUGACUCCGAACGCCACCGAGAACGUCCGGGCAAUUAACGACUGGGUGUCCGGUCACACCCGUGGACUGAUCCCCAAGAUGGUCGACAGCGUCCCGGAUGACGUCAUCAUCAUGAUCCUCAACGCCGUCCACUACGCAGGCAAAUGGAAAACGAAGUUCGAGAAGCGUCUGACCAGGGAGGAGGACUUCUGGGUUUCGUCCAAAAAGAUGGUCCAUGUACCGAUGAUGCAGAGCGUGUCGUAUCCCCUGACCGCCAUCUACAGCUCCGAACUCAACUCCGAGGUAGCCCGAUUUCAGUUGUUCGGCAAGAGCAGUUUGAUCGUAAUCCUGCCCCAGGAGAACGACCGGGCCCUCCGUGACCUGGAGGUGUCGCUGGAAGCUCAGAAAUUGGAGAAGGUGAUUGACACACUGCGGAAGACACACGUCCAGCCGACCAACGUGAGGCUGCCACGUCUGAAGAUUGACUUCACGCAAGAACUUCUGGAGCCCCUGAUUGAGAUAGGUUUAAACAACGCCCUCUUCUACCCCAACCUGUGCGGACUGACCCCCGGGGCGGGCAUGUCCAUCACCUCGGUCACCCACCGCGCGUUCGUCUCGCUGGACGAGGACGGAGUGGAGGCCGCCGCCGCCACCUCCAUGUCCGUUGGCCGGACCAUCACAGUCUUCGACGCCGCUCGGCCCUUCCUUUGGAUGCUCUGGGACGACGUGCUGGGGUACCCAUUUUUCAUGGGGAGGGUCCUGAACCCCCUCGUUUAACACCCACCCCGCUCUCUCCCUCUAUCUCACCGUUCCCUUAUCCUCACUCACUUCUCUGUCCCCUCCCUCCUUUCUUAACCUCACCACCACUCCCUGUCGCAUAUUUACCCCCUCUGUAGGUACGAGUAUCGCCAGCCUUGCUGCCUAGCCUGCCUCGACGAGAGCCAGACCCUUCGGCCCGUCAGUAGCUUGGAUUCCUAUCCACCCUCCCCUCCCCACUCUCCCCCCAUCAAUACCCAUCGGAGUCCCUCCUCCUGGUUCUUUCGACACUGCCUCACGCACUCAUCUCAUUCCCUUACCUCGACAUCCCCGUCCCCACCCGUCCGGAUCUCUUCCGGGGAGGGCAGGUGGUCAGGACCGACCUGACGUGCUCCCUGGAUCCCGCAUCGCGGCUCCUCGCUGCCGGAGAGGAGGGCGGAUCGGCCCAGGCCGGGAUGUCCGCCCCUUCCCCAUCGCACCGUCAUUGCUGCAGACUGACCAGCUGCUCUGAAUUAAAAAUAAAUUGAAGAUCUCCUGUCCGCCUCGGACUGUGG